AUGUUGGUCGCUGAAGAGAAUGUGGACUUUCGGAUACAUGUGGAAAAUCAAACACGAGCACGAGACGAUGUGAGCAGGAAACAGCUUAGACUGUAUCAGCUGUACAGUAGAACAAGUGGAAAACAUAUCCAAGUGCUAGGUAGACGGAUCAGUGCCAAAGGAGAAGAUGGGGACAAAUAUGCCCAGCUUCUAGUGGAAACAGACACAUUUGGCAGUCAAGUCCGGAUCAAAGGGAAAGAGACAGACUUUUACCUUUGCAUGAACAGGAAAGGCAAGCUAGUAGGGAAGCCAGAUGGUGCCAGCAAGGAGUGUGUCUUCAUUGAGAAAGUCCUAGAGAACAAUUACACUGCGCUGAUGUCAGCAAAGUACUCGGGCUGGUACGUUGGCUUCACCAAAAAAGGGAGGCCCCGGAAAGGGCCCAAGACUCGAGAAAACCAGCAAGACGUUCAUUUUAUGAAAAGAUACCCAAAGGGUCAAGUGGAAUUACAGAAACCUUUCAAGUAUACCACAGUGACCAAGAGGACUAAGAGGAUACGGCCCACCAACCUCAGUUAAAAGAUAGACAAAAGACAGUGUCGUGCGAUUAAACUACAAAAGAUAAAGACUGUACCAGAGAAAUAUUUUUACACUAAAAAUAAGGGAGAAGCUCUAUUUUUGUACAUUGUGUUUAAUUUUUUUUUUUAAAGACUGGAUUGAAAAAAAAUAAUGCUGGGGAAGCUGUAAAAGAUUUAUUGUAACUUGAAGAA